CAGACUUCACCCUACGCGAGCGUCGACGUAGAUUCUACGCAGAAGUAGCGCUACCAAGGACCGUAACGACGUAUAUACACACACACGUAAGAUGCUUCUGAUGUUGUCUCUGGUGGCUUACCCUCCUUGUGGAGAGUGCGGAUGAUCGUCUUCUGGAUAACUGUUAAUCUCUCCUCAGGUUUCCAUCCCCAAAUCAAUGGCCAGGCGGAACGGGCGAAUCAAGAUUUGGAGGUGGCACUCAGGUGUAUGGCGUCCAGGGAUGCCGGUCUCUCACCCUUCCAGUGCUCCCUAAGUUAUCAACCACCACUCUUCCCCAACCAAGAGGAGGAGGUCGCCGUACCCUCAGCCCAGCUCUUCAUACGCCACUGCAGGAGAACAUGGGCAUUGGCCCAGAGAAGACUCAUUUGCUCCGCCCUAGCAUCCAAGAGGCAGGCCGACAAACGCCGCUCUAAGGCACCUACCGGGUGGAGCAACGAGUCAUGCUCUCCACACGCCACCUGCCACUCAGAGACCAUCUCCUGCAAGCUGGCUCCCAGAGAAUGUCUACCUUGCCGUACCAGAAGGUGAUAUGGAAAGAGCGGGGUACACCUGUAUCCAGGAUUGUACCAGUUAACGAGAUUAUGGAAUCGCAUGACAAAACAUUCAUCGUAUGGCCAAAUAAAGUGAAUGGACAGAAGGAUAUCGAGAGACAAACAAAACCUGGGAAUAAUUGGCAGUUCUUCAAAGUGCUGAAAUGGAAGCAGUUUUAUGAGGAGGCAGUCAAUCACCUGCGGAGGCAGCUGGCCAGGUCCAAGGCUGAUAAACGAGGUCAUGGGGUGCCAGCCAUACCCAAUGUAUUUGAGGAUAUAAAUAAAGAAACAGAAAGGAAGAGGGCCAUAAAUACCAAACCAGAGAGCGUGUGUCAUUCAAUGAUAGAUGAUGAUAACAGAGAAAAGGUGGUGUCUGAGAGUGAACUCUCAGACGUGGAGGAAGCAGAGAGGCUCAGACAACUUGAGGGGGACAUCUCAUCCUCUGAUUCAGAGAUUGACCAGCCAACAAAAAGGCACAAAAUGAGCAAAGGAGGAGAUUGGGACAGACUAAAGAAAAUGACCAAAUGUGUCAGACGUCAGAUGUGCCUAUGAGGAAAGUCCUGAUAAGCUAUAUCACUCCUCAGCCCAAAUCCAGUAGUGUGUACGCAGAGUACUAACAUUUGAGUUAAACGUAGAAAAUAUAGUCACACUUCCACAGUCUGAAGUUAUCUCGGAUCAUUAUCUCAUCUCAUUCAAAAUGUGUCUGAGCAAUAAUAUAUGCACCUCACCACGCUACUGUAUUAAACGUACAUUCAUGUCAACUACUGCACAGAGCUUUAUAAAUGAUCUCCCAGAGUUAUCAACUUUGAUUGGGUCACUUUCCGCCCCUGCAGAACUUGAUCAGGCAACUGAAUGCUUAGAGUCAACGUUUCGCUAUACGUUAGAUAAUGUAGCUCCUCUUAAAAGGAAAAUGAUCAGAGAGAAAAAAUUAGCACCCUGGUAUAAUGAUGACACUUUAAAACAGACCACUCGAAAAUUGGAACAUAAAUGGCGUCAAACAAUAUUGGUAGCAUUCAA